GAAUCUUCUCCUCAAAAUUCCCCAAAUUUUUUUUUUUCCCAAAUCCUGGAUUUUUUUCCCUUUUUUCAGUCCUCGGGGGACCUGGAGAACGACGAGCACACGGCCACCGUCCUGCAGGGUUUGGUGGCCACGGCUUUGGGCCUUCGCUUGCCCAGGGGCCACGAGCCGCCCUUCCGGCGCCUCUCGGUGGUGUUUGGCGAGCACUCUCUCCUCGUCACCGUCUCGGGACAGAAACUCUUCGUGGUCAAGCGCCACCACCACGUCCAGGAGCCGGUGGCCGUGUGAAAAAUGUCCCCAAACUGUCCCCAAACCCCCCCCUCCCCCACGUGGGGACAAUAAACGACGUCCGAGGGCG